AUGGGCUCCACACCUGACAUUCCAACGAUUGAAAUUAUUGAUAAAAGUUUGGACAAAAUACAUUCAAUAUCCAACUUGUCACUGGAGGAGAAUGGCAUCAGCGAAGGCGGAUCUGAAAAGGCAACUGCCGAUGCUGAAGUGGCCUCCUCAAAAUCGGCUCCUGCCGCACAGACGACGGAACCAGGUGGCACAUCGACGCCAACAGCCGCCACAGCGUCAAACGCCGCCUGCACUUGUCCUCAUCCACCUCGACCCGCCAGUACUGCUCACAAGCCAAUGGCCUGUGAGAUGUGCAACAACUACGAGAUGCAACUGCAAGAAGUGCAGUACCACGAAGGCGUCCUUCACCUCGAGAUCAGCAGUCACGAGAAGACGAUCAAGCAGCUAAAAGAGGAGCUGAAGAAGGAGCAAAAGUUUAGAGCAGAGUUGGAGGAAAAGUACAACGAAGAGGCCAAAAAGACGGAACAAGAGACGCGGGCACUGUCGACAAAGGUGGACGAGGGGCAGAAGGUGAUUGCCAAGCUGACCUCAAAGUUUAAUCACUUUGAGAAAAAGUCCAACGAUCUAGUACAAGAGCUGAUUAGCCAGGUCGAAUCGCUGAAGAAGGAGCUGACAAGGGUGAACCAUGAAAAUGAAAUUCUCCUUGGGAAGACUCUCGCCAGGGCGGCUCAGCUGAUGUCUGAGGAAAUAAACCUCCCUCAAGCCCAGGACGAUCUGCAGCUGUACGCGCUGAAACAAAGGGAAGAUCUAAUAACAGCACUGGUCGCAAAAGAACGAAUUGAAGACACACUGAAAGCGGAGAACGUCUUUCUCAAAGAGCAACUCAUGGGCGAGCAACAGUCAAAUAAGAAUCUUGAGGAGAACUUUGCCCAGGAGACGGACGUCCUCAACACCAGUCUGGAGUCAAAGAAACUAGAGCUCUCUGACUACAAGAAACGCUACAUUGACACUCAACGAGAUCUCGACCAGCUGAAGGCCAACUUUAAUCAGCUGACGAUUAGCUCUGGCUCGAGAAUCUCUGAGCUGGAGCACCAGUGUGCGGAGUUGGCAAACUACAAGACAAAAGCUGAAAGUGAAAUACUGGGGUUGAAGAAUAAAGUUCAAAGUUUACAAGUUGAACUGGACAACAGUGAAGCAGUGCAGCGAGACUUUGUGAAGUUGUCGCAGUCACUUCAGGUGCAACUGGAGAAGAUCCGUCAGGCAGACACUGAAGUUCGGUGGCAGUACGAGGAUGACGUUCUCGAGUGCAACUCCUGCAAGAAGGUCUUCAACUCAAAGAAGGAGAAG